AUGACUAUGCGUUCACCAGUUUCUAAAGCCACUACAUCUGCCUCAGUGGCCGACCCGCCGAAGUUAGUAUCGGAUUCCGGCACUGCUGCCGACAUCAUUGAUUUGCCAAACACUCCCGAAGCCGAGGGAGUUAGUACUCGUGCCUCAUCUGCCGCCCGCCAGGAAGCGAUGUUUAAGGCUAUGCAGAAACGCAUCGCCACGCUUGAACGCAGUCUGAAGGUUGCCCAACAGAAAAUAAGAGAACACGAGUUAGCAAACGAAGCCCAACGCGCAGAUGCGCAAAGCAUAUCCAGUGCACCCAGCGACAGUUCCGCCAACGAAUCUGCCUUGCCGUCAUCGAGCCUGCCAAUGACACAGUUCCAGCUUCUUCACCCGCAAUCGCCGAUCGUAACGAGUGCUGCUACCAAUGUAGAUGCUGUGCAGCCGCUGUUGCCACCUCAUAACGCUACACGUUGCCCGAUUCUUUCGUCAACGGUGCCAAUUCCUGCUAACGUAGGCUCCGUACCUGCGCAGUUUUCAACUCAGCCAAGAAAAUUGCAAGAUUUGCCGGAGUUUAGUGGGAAGCCGGAGGACUGGCCGAUAUUUUUUACUGCUUACACCGAGGCAACCGCUGUCUAUGGGUACAGCUGUUUUGAAAACAACUUACGCCUGCAGAAGAGCUUAAGGGGUGAGGCCCGAGAGGCUAUUAAAUCGCUGCUUAUCCACCCGAACAAUGUGGGCAAUAUCAUCGAGCAACUUAGGUUCCGAUACGGUCGCCCGGAACAAUUAAUUCCAAGCCAGCUAGCCCAUGUUCGAGAAAUUGCUCCGAUAUCGGAAAGCUCAGUGGUAAAGUUGAUACCAUUUGCGACGAAGAUUGCCAACAUUUGUGCAUUUUUACGUUCUGCGUGUGGCGGAGAGCAGCAUUUAGCGAAUCCAACGCUUCUUGAUGAGCUCGUUGGAAAGUUACCCAUGAGCAAGCGUAUCGAAUGGGCAGUUUUUGCAUCGUCUUUGCAGCCUUAUGCAACGGUUCAGCAUUUCAGCGAUUGGCUUACUAAACUUGCCAAUGUCAUCUGCACGGUUUACGACGGGGAAACAGCGAGAGACUCGAAGCGCCGGGUUGUGCUGCACGCUGCCGAAUCACAACGCCAUCCAACUUGCCCUAUUUGUCAGGGCCAACAUAAGCCAGCCGACUGUAGCCAGUUCAGCCAACUUACAGUGCCGAAGAGGUGGGAAGAAGUGAAGCGAUGCCAUCUCUGUUUCUCAUGUCUCAACGCUGGACAUGGGUCGCGCAAUUGCCAAAGGCGCAAACCAUGUGCCACCGACGGGUGCAAACGGUUUCAUCAUAAAUUGUUGCACGAAAUUGAAAAAACUAUCGACGGGUCAUCAAACCAGUCAUUGCCGCCUCGAGAUCGCAACAGACGUGUUUCCAUUGCCGAUCCACGUAAAACGAUUAGCACGCAGACGCAGCCAGCGUCGCGUAUUCAGUCGCAAGGCGAUACGGGUGUAGCAGUCCUUAGUUGCAGUGCAAACGUUGCCGAUAGCAAGUUGUUAUUUCGGAUUCUGCCGGUCGUGCUGUAUGGGAACCAGAAGCGGGUUGAGACGUACGCCCUUUUUGAUGAAGGUUCGUCAAUAACAAUGCUUGACAACGCACUAAUUGAAGAGCUCGGGUUACGUGGCCGGACUGAACGCUUGAACCUACAGUGGUUCGGAGGACGUGCCACCCAAGAGCCAGCCGUGGUGGUAGACUUACUCAGCCUGAGUAAAGCCGAUUUGCGUUGCCAUGAAAAACAUUUAAAUAAGCUGGCAGUUCAGCCAUACGCGCAAGUCAAGCCAAAGCUGUUAAUCGGACUCGACCACUGCCACCUUGGUUUGCCGUCAACCACAAUGCAGCUAAACAAGUGUGGGCCGUUUGCCGCGAAUACUGAGUUGGGAUGGGUUGUGUUUGGACCAACAACCAACUCUUAUCCGACAUUGCCAUCAUGUUUAUUCGUUAACUGCCACACUGAGCAGUCGCUACACAAUGCGGUUGCCGAAUAUUUCGAGACGGAAAGCUUUGGGGUUCGAGCUGCGCCUGCCAUCGAGAGUGAAGCUGAUAUCCGUGCUCGCGAAAUCUUGAGGUCCACUACGUGCCGUGUUGAAGGAAGAUAUCAGACUGGUCUGCUCUGGAAGCGUCCCGACAUACAGCUACCUGCGAGCUAUGCUAUGGCCUUGAGGAGAUUAGCGGGUAUUGAAGCAAAAACGAGGCGCGAUACAAACUUUGCCGCUGAAUAUAAGCGCAUCAUGAAUUCCUACGUCGCGAAGAACUACGCAAGAAAGCUGUCGCCAGAAGAAGCCGCUUUAACUAACGAUAGGACAUGGUACUUGCCUCACUUCGCCGUCAGCAAUCCCAACAAGCCAGGCAAGUUACGUAUGGUGUUCGACGCGGCUGCUGAGGUGGACGGUGUGUCCCUCAAUUCACAGCUCAUGAAGGGUCCACAGGAAUAUCGGCCUUUGCCUGCUAUACUAUUUCACUUUCGUGAAGGAGCAAUAGGCGUGUGUGGUGACAUCAAAGAGAUGUUCCACCAGGUGCUGGUUCAACGUGACGAUAGACGUGCGCAACGAUUUCUUUGGCGCAAUGGUGAUACCACCACAGCCCGAAGUGUAUGA